CCCGCUCUACCCUGGACUGAACUCGCCGAUGGCCUCAGUGAGGACGAAGUGGAUCUGCUCCUGGAAUCGUUCAAGGUGUUCAAGAUCACCAAGAGAGACCAAGUGCAGUGCAAUGUGUGCACGGAGGCUGGCCCCCAUACCCGUAAGCGGGAGCUUCGCUGUGCUUGCCGCCGGUGCAAAGCCGCAGAGCCGUACGCGCGCUGCCCCUCGAGGGGCAAAAUGCUAAAGUGCGAGUGUCACGGCCUCGUCGAUCUGUUCAAGGUUGGCUCACACGUGACAGCCCGCCGCACGCCACCACCAGCGCGCUUAACGCGUGCAAUGAAGGAGUUCGCCCGCGAAAUGGCCGAUCAGGGCCUUAAGCCUGCUCGAAUU